AGGGAAUAUAAGGAAAGCAGGGCUGUUCUUCUUCACAAGUUGUAAAGCAAAACUUGAAUUUUUCGUGAAUCCAAAAAAGAAAAAAAUGUAUGCAACAUUCCCCGCCCAUUAAGGAAAUUGUCUGUAUCCAAGUAUCUGUCUCUCUUUCUCUUUUCUUUCUUCUCCCCUUCGCUAGUAAACAAUACCAUUCCGUUUUGGGUUACUAUAACACCAUUCAACACAUGAUAUCGGCAACUGCGUCAGCUCCAACAUCCAUAGCAGCAUCCAUGCAGCCAACUAUGCAACCGUCACCAACGUCACCAUCGAGAGUUACGUUUAGCGAACAAGAAGUGGACCAAAUUCUGAUUGAAUCAAUUUCUAAUGUCAAAGAUGAGAAUGGUUUGAAGCUCGAUGUCAGAUCAGCAUUGCCCGAUUUAAAGUUCGUGAUAUCCACGGCCACUGUGGAUAGUCGCAUUAGAAGAUACAAAUUUUUAGGUGAAGCAGCAGCCCAAUUUGCUAUUCCUUGUAUUCUACACAAAAAGUACCCUGAUAUCGACGACAGUAUAUUAAGAGCAUUAACGAAAAAACAGCAAGGCAACCUCUCUCAGCCAUAUAAAUUGGUCAGAAAGCAGCUCAAUAUAUCAUCCUUGUUAAAAGCUCAUUUCGAUCUUGUGGAAACAAUGAAUGCCCUCAUGGGUGUGCUUUAUAUCCAUUAUGGGAAUAAAGCAAUAGAGUGUAUAUUGUAUGAUAGUGUCAUCACGCAUGCUGAAAAAGAACUCAAUCAGAACUUACCUUACAAACUUAAACAUGCUAUCUUGAAUCGAGAGUUGAAUGCCAUCUCGAAAUUUCAUAUCCUUUUACAGAGAUACCGAGGUCGGAUGGACCCUGUCUAUAGUCUACUUCCCAACGGAAACUGGCGAUGUGAACUCAGAUUUCAGUUAACACCUAAUUCUCGUAUCUACAGCCAUCAAGCAAUGGGCAAGAAUAAACACGAGUCUAAGUCUAGUGCAGCUCAGCAGAUUUUGGAUCUACUACACCAGCAACCUGACAUAUUGAAUGAACUGGAAAAACCUGCUCAUCCCGAGGAUCAACAGGUUGUUUUUACACUGCCUUCUGCAAUGGCCAUGCCUGUGACGCAACAAGAUUCUACUAUCCCAAGCUUCGUCAAGACUGAACCAGAGAGUAUGUCCACAGAUCAGACUACCCUUCCUUUUAUACCAGCUUCGACAUGUUCCGAUCAUGUUCAAUUAAAGACCAGUGACUGGCAAGGCGACUUUAGCAACAAUCGAUUUCAUAUCAAUGACACGAGUGAUGAAGAAACCAUUCGACUCAUGUCUGAACUUAUCUUGGGAAAUGGCACUUUAUCAGUGAGUGGUUCUGCUAUGAGCAUCGCAAAUAAAACGAGUGAUGUAGACAUGGAAGAGAUGAAUCAGAAUAACAAACGACUACGAACCAGCAAUGUUGCAUCUGCGCCAACGGUUUCUGAUCCCAUUGUUCCCAUGAAGGAAGAACCAUGUACAACGAGCCUACUAGAACCACAAGUCAAAAUAGAAGCAGAGCAAGAAAGCAUUCUCAACACGGGUGCUUUCAAUACAGCUGCUUCGCUAAAUACCUAUUCAACGGCUCCUUUGACGCCUGGUCAACAGGUGAAUCAACCACUACAACAACAGCAACAACAGCCUACGUCUUCUUUACAGCAACCGCAGUUUUAUUCGCCAGAAAUUGCCGACAAAGUGAUCCAACUGUUUGCUAGAAUUUUCAUGUCUGAUCGUAAACUCUUGAACCAAACGCGUGAAGUUGAUUUCCAGUCUGUCUUUCGCACUUUAAUCAUGAAGUACAAUGACAAAGUGGAUGUUGAGUCAAAGGUGGAUCAAAUAGGUGACGCUCACUGUCCCUUAUUCAGCUCUGAGGUCGUGGUAAAGUACAAUAAGCAUCCUGCCUAUUUCAUCCGCUGCUACGGUAUGGCAAGGCGAAAGAAGGAAGCUGAACGUAUGGCGUGGUCACAGCUGGUCAAUCUUAUCCGACAUUGCAGUUAAAGCUAGGGAGAGACGACUCUACUACAGUUUGCACAAAACACAAACAUAUACAUAUAUACAUUUACAUAUAUACAUUUAUAUGUACAUUUAUCUGUACACAUUUACCUCUAUAGUAUCUAUGAUGUAUGCAUUUUUGCUUUCAAUAAUAUUUUUGUUCACUGAUAUCGUGGUUGACUUGAAUCAAACAAGACUCCGCAAUGUCACCUUAUGUGUGGAUGUCUUUUAUAAAGUUUCAACAUCUUUCUUAUAGGUACCUACGGAAUAAUUCGCGAAAUGAAAAAAAAAGUCGCAAAAGCAUUAUGUAAUUACUUUAGGGUCAUGUUCAAUGGGGACUUCAGGGACUGAUGACAAAGAUGGGGGGAGGGGACGGAGGAGGAUCCUUUCCCG